AUGGAGAUCCAGAGGGUGGGCAUCAGCACACUUCGGUCACAGAUAUACGGAAGAUAUGCCAACCGUAAGAUCAUCGACAGCAGCAAACAGCUUGGCUUCACUAUCGAACCAGACCCCGACCACAGCGAAACGUACAAGCUGCUGAGAAGCCAGGCUACGCGUUUUCCCGAGGCACACCUCCUCUACCAGGAAAUAAGCAACUUUACAGGUAUUUUCCCACGCCCUACCGAUGAGCAACGACGCCGAUGGACAGAGGUCUCUGGUGAGGAGUGCGAAGGGGACGUAAGGAACUAUCGGUAUGUGUCCAUCAAGGUUUACGAGGAGUCCUCUGGCCAGCGGCCAGCGAGCAAGCCCGAGCAUGGCGGCUAUUCGCAAUCGCGAAUGGCGGACUUCCACGGGGAUGCUGUGAUCGCCAUGUUUCGCGAGGUGUCGGCAUCCACUCUUGCUGGCUUCGCCAGAACAGCGACAUACCGUAGGAGUGGGCGGUCCUACGGCCUUGACUUCAUCAUGAUCAUGGGCCGGUAG